GAAGGAGCUUAGCCCCUGGCUGCAGCAGGGACACCGAGAAGGAGCUUAGCCCCUGGCUGCAGCAGGGACACCGAGAAGGAGCUUAGCCCCGGCUGUCUCCUCCGUGCAGUGGAUGUGGGAUGUGAGGGCCUGCUCUGGAUUAGUCACGGAACCAUCCCUUUGGGUGGGAAGAGACCUCAGGACGCACCCAGGCCAGCCCCUGCGCAAAGCAGGGCCAUGCGGGGGAGCUGCGGCGAGUAAAUGUUGCUCAGGCUUCCCUGGCAGACGGACCCCGUCUAAGUGCCUGUCCUGGUGGUGCAGUGUGUGGAGCCUGCACGUUUCUGAUCAAUGCAGCUCAACUCCCACAGCAGGAGAGAGGUUUUAUUUUCUGCCCAAACUCCCACUGGCCUCUCAAAGUCAAGCUGGGUUUCCCCAGCAGCCCGCCCAGGAAUGGGGGGGGAGCCUGUAGGAGAUGGGGCAGAAGAUGGAGCAGAGCCUUGGCCUGCGGCGCUAAGGACUAGGUGGUGGCAGCCACGGCAGCAGGCAUGGCAUGAAGACGCUGCAAGGGGCAGGUGCAGAGCGCAGCCGUGGGCGAGGUUUGCUUCCAUUAACACCCCCGGAACUCCGAGUUCUCGCCCCGAUCUCCUUGUCUUGGCUUUUGCCAAGAGCUUAGCUGCUGCUCUCCCAUCCGAGGAAACCGCCCAGCGCUGGACUGGAGGUGCUGCCUUCGGGACGGAUCAGCUUCCACCAUGGCUCUGAGGUGAAAAGCCAUGGAAAAGUCGCACAGAGCCCCGUGUGGGAGGGGCUGUGACCCGCAAACCUCGUUCCCCCAAAGCGAUCGCUCCCACACACUGCUAACCCUGGCCCAGGGGCCCGCAGAGACCGAGUGCUGGAGCGGCGGCUUCUGCUUAGGGGCGUCGGCUCCUGGGCAGUGGGGGACCAGCCGUCUCUCCAGAGCUUGGCUGCGGUGCCCUCGGGAGCCUGGCUCUUUGUUCGGCUCCAGUUUUCUGAGGCUGCUGCUGCCUUUGGGUGACCAGAGGCGUGUGUGUGUAGAUGCUAAACGUGCUGGUUCCCUCGCUGCCAGUGGCCCCUUGUCACUGCCCAGGAAGGUGCCGUGUUCAUAGGGCCUCUCCCCUGAGGUAAAGUCCCGCUGGCCCUUGGCUGACAGCCGCGGGGGUGGAGUGGCCAAAGCCCUGGGUCCCUGGUUGCCUUAGCCCAGCUGCCUGUGGGGCUGUAGCACUUGCGAGCCCUCCCAGCCUGUGGGCCCUGCAGCUUGGAGCCGGGCCUGCGUGCAGGGCAGCUCAUCUGACGCGCCUCGAAUUACCUGUGCGCCAGGGAUCAGAUUCGCCGGGCCAGGAGCCAUCUAUAAUUCAGCAGGGGCAGCUGCCGUUGUGGCCCUGGAAGCAGGGCAGCAGGAUGCUGCAGCGACCAGGCCGGCGGAGCAGGAAGGCAGGCGAGGAGGAGGAGGAGAAGCCCAUGGAGAACGGGGAGUCCCCGGAGCAGGGGGCCACGGAGACCUCGCCUGAGGGGGGACGCGCUGGAGAGAGCAGUCCUGCUUCCCUCUCGCAGCCAACCCCGCGGGUCCGGCCCAGGCUGGUCUUCCACACGCAGCUUGCCCACGGCAGCCCCACAGGCAAGAUCGAGGGCUUCACCAAUGUGAAGGAGCUGUAUGCCAAAAUCGCCGAGGUCUUCGACAUCUCUCCCACCGAGAUCGUCUUCUGCACCCUCAACACCCACAAGGUGGACAUGCAGAAGCUGCUGGGGGGGCAGAUCGGUCUGGAGGACUUCAUCUUCGCCCACGUGCGGGGCGAGACCAAGGAGGUGGAGGUGACCAAGACAGAGGAUGCGCUGGGGCUGACCAUCACCGACAACGGGGCAGGCUAUGCCUUCAUCAAGAGAAUAAAGGAAGGGAGCAUCAUCAACCGGGCGCAGGCGGUGCGCGUGGGAGACAGCAUCGAGGCCAUCAACGACCAGAGCAUCGUGGGCUGUCGCCACUAUGACGUUGCCAAGAUGCUGCGGGAGCUGCCCAAGGCCCAGCCCUUUUCCCUGAGACUGGUGCAGCCCAAAAGGGCCUUUGGUGCCUGUCCCGGGGAGGUCGGGGUCUGCUCCAGAGCCCCGGCUGAGCUGAGUUCUCUCUUUGCAGCCUCGACCAUGGUGGAGGUGGCCCAGGCGCGCCGGAGCCCCGUGGACUUUGCCAAGGGCCUGGACUCGGUGCUGGGCGAGUUUGCAUUCCCGGGCGAGUUUGUGGCCGAGGUCUGGGCUGCCAUCAGCGGAGCCAAGGGGGGCAGGAAAUAGGGGUGCAAAGCACUCGGCCUCUGACACCUGCCUCUGGGCCACGUGCUCCCUUCCCACCCGGCUGCAGCCCCCGCCCUCCUGCUCCCGGGGGGGCGGCUGGGCUC